AUUCAACUUCAAAAAGACAACGUCUACACCUUCAUCCACUCGCCCUUCUAGUAAUCUUCCCCCAGAACUGUUUACUUCGAGUGACCCAGUCUGUUCUCUUGAGCCAUUGAAUCUCUUAGAAUCGACACAAAUCGUGAACGUCUCAGACUUCAAUUUGAAACCUUUCAAGUGUUGUCGUCAAUCCACUCCCAAGUACCCGGGCAUCUAUCACCAUCCAGUUGUUCCAGAAAGUUUGUUCUGACUAUUAACUUCUGGCCUUGUUUGUAAGAGCGUUUGAAUAUAACAUUACCCAGUUGAUCAAUUUUAAUUCAACCCCUCAAUCUCUCUCACAACUGCCCCUUUCCGCCACCAAAGUCUUUUUGGACCCCGCCAUAAACUCCUACUUUUUUUUAAAAAAAAAAAUUCCCCAAUUCAAGUCGUUGUCCCACCGCCCAAUAUGAUGAAAGGAUUUAAAAAUAGACUUACCAGGAAUAAGAGUCAGUCUACUGGAAAGAAACCUGAAAAGAAGCUGGAAAAGGAGUCCUCUACUUCGUCAACAUCUUCCACAGCAAGUUCUCUCAAGGCUGACUCUUCUCCUUCUAGGAAGUCCGGACAAUCUAAGUCUCCAUCUGGAGGGAGUUUGACCUCUUCUCCAAGUCCUUCUAGAAAUAAUAGUUUGAAAUCAGCAGGUUCUAAUUCACCAGCCACUCCAACCCCAACAACAAAUGGUCCAGGUUCAACAAAUCCCUCUGGAACUGGUCCAAAUCCUCAAUCUUCUUCUUCUUCAACUUCUGCUGCUGCAGCUUCUGUCGGUGCUGGACCCUUAUCAUCCGGCCCUGAAUCAUCAGUAGGAAUGAAUGAUGAUUCUGGACGAACUUCAAAUUCUUCUUCAGAAAUGACUGUACCGGUAACAGUUGUUCAUCCAAUUCCUGAUAAUUCAACUCCCCAAAUUCUUCUAGACAAUGAUCUUGAACCUCCAAGAACUCCUACCAUUAUUACACCAGUCACCCCAACUCCAACAUCACCAAUUACUGGCUCGAAUAGUUCUGGAUCCGGUAUUGGUUCAUCUCUUCAUUCCACUCAUGUUCCUCAUGGAUAUCUGCUUGGUCCAAACAUUGGUUCUCCCAAUAACAAAGAAAACUUUGAUAUUGAUCUCAUUGUAACUCCAAAAAGACAUUCUUCAUCAAGAUUUGAACCAUCUACAUCCGAUCAAUAUCAAGAAAUUGUUAAAUUACCAAACUUCGAUGAAGUAUUACCAGAAGAACAAAUUGCAUUGUUUGUUCAAAAGAUAGAUCAAUGUAAUAUAAUGUUUGACUUUGGAGAUCCAACAUAUGAUAUUCGUGGGAAGGAGAUUAAAAGAAUAACAUUGCAAGAACUCAUUGAGUUUAUCCUGACCAAUAGAUUCACUUACACUGAUGACAUGUACAAGCAUGUAGUCGUGAUGUUCAAAAGAAACUUAAUCAGACCAAUUCCUCCACCGGUAAAUCCUAUUGGAGAUUUGUAUGAUCCAGAUGAAGAUGAACCUGUAAGUGAAUUAGCAUGGCCACAUAUGCAAGUGAUUUAUGAAUUCUUCUUGAGAUUUAUUGAAUCACCAGACUUUAGUCCACAAAUUGCAAAGCAAUACAUUGAUCAUGAUUUCAUAUUAAGAAUUUUGGAAUUAUUUGAUAGUGAAGAUCCAAGAGAAAGAGAUUGUUUGAAAACCACUUUACAUCGAAUUUAUGGUAAAUUUUUGAGCUUAAGAUCAUUCAUUAGAAAGUCUAUCAAUAAUGUUUUCUUACAGUUUAUUUAUGAAACUGAAAGAUUCAAUGGAAUUGCUGAAUUAUUGGAAAUUUUAGGAUCAAUUAUUAAUGGGUUUGCCUUACCAUUAAAGGAAGAACAUAAAAUCUUUUUAGUGAGAGUGCUUAUUCCAUUACAUAAGGUGAAAUGUUUGUCAUUAUAUCAUCCACAAUUAGCAUAUUGUAUUGUUCAAUUCUUAGAAAAGGAUCCUCUGUUAACUGAGGAAGUAAUUAUGGGAUUAUUAAGAUUCUGGCCCAAAAUUAACUCACCAAAGGAAGUUAUGUUUUUGAAUGAAAUUGAAGAUAUUUUUGAAGUUAUGGAACCAAGCGAAUUCCUUAAAAUUCAAAUUCCACUUUUUGCUCAAUUACUGAAAUGUAUAUCAUCACCACACUUCCAAGUUAGUGAAAAAGUCUUGUGUUUUUGGUCAAAUGAGUAUUUUUUGACUUUAAUUACUGAAAAUGCUGAAGUUGUAUUGCCAAUAAUAUUUGCUUCACUUUAUGAAUUGACCAAUUCAACUCAACCAGGUGCUGCAAAUGGAACAAUCAAACAAAAGUUGGCGGAAAACCCAAAUGCCACCAUUGAUGCUAAUGGUAAUACCAUUGAUAGUGGACUUAUUUUGAAACAAAUGAAUGGUGAUAAAGAUCAUAAUAUGCAUGAUAUCACUGACGAAGAAUAUUAUGAUUCAUUUUCUUCCCCUCAUCAAGGAGGUAUAGGAGGAGAUUUGGAUGAUUUUGGUUCUUCCGGUAAUCAUAUCCCACCUCAUAAUUCUGCUACUUCCAAUUGGAAUAGAACCAUACAUCUGUUGGCAUAUGGAUCCUUAAAGGUAUUUAUGGAUCACAAUCCAAUCCUUUAUGAUCAUUGUACAAUGUUAUACCACCAAUCAUUAGAAGAACAAAAGGCUAGAGAAUUGGCCAGAAAGGAUGGAUGGAAGAGAAUUGAAGAAUAUGUCAAGCAAAUUAAAGCAGGGCUGGACAGUCAACAGCAUUUGAGUAGUGCAACAACUACAGGCACGGAAAAGGGAGCCAGUGUUGCUGGUCAUUAGCUCUGCUCCUAGACUGGCUGAAAUGAAGAUGAAGAUGAUGAAGAUGAAGAAAUACAGGAAAGUAAAACAAGAAGAUGAUCUAAGUUUUCCUGUUUGAAUCUAUGUAUGUAUUGUAGAACACAUU